AUGCAGGAAAUGGGGAUUAUGGGGGUGAAAGCCGUCGAGUCGCGCAUGAGAGGAGCAAACACCAGCGGUCUGUUGCAGCAGUUCUCUUUUUACCGUGGAGAUGGGCCAUCAUUCUUUUACCGUCUGUUCCAGUGCCACCUGACAGCCUUACUGGUGACUUCGGUGGUGGCGGCCAUUCUUGGCUCACUGCAGGUGGGCUACCACACGGGGAACGUUAAUUCCCCGGCUAAGAUCAUUGAGGAGUUCUUCAAUCAGACCUGGAAGGAAAGACAUAAUGAAACCAUGUCAGAACACAGCCUCACCAUGCUGUGGUCCGUGUCGGUCAGCAUCAAGGACUUUGGAGCCCUACUGGGCUGCCUGGGUGUCAAAUACCUGGCGGACUCUUUUGGACGGCGUAACUCCAUACUGAUCGUCAACUGCUUGUCGGUGUUGGGGGCGGGCCUGAUGGUGGCGUCCAAAACCAUUGAGGCGUUUGAGGCUCUGAUCCUGGGCAGGCUGCUGUUCGGUCUCUUCUGCGGUCUGGUUAUGAGCCUAAAUCCGCUUUACAUUCAAGAGGUGUCGCCCACCUUACUGAGGGGCGCCUUCGCCACUCUCAAUCAGGUGGCCUUCGCCUCGGGAAUCUUGCUUGGGAUGGUGUCCGGACUGGAGACCAUGUUGGGCACGGAGAAACUUUGGUCCGUGAUGUUGUCCCUGUCUCUCAUCCCGGCGCUGGCGCAGUACCUCAUCUUGCCUUUCUGCCCAGAGAGCCCUCGAUAUCUGCUCAUCAACAAGGGGCAAGAGAACAAAGCAGACGCUGCCCUACUGCGACUGAGAGGGAGUCCGGAGAGGGUACUGGUCGAGCUGGAGGAGAUGAAAGGCGAGGCUGCUCACACAAAGUUGUCCGUUGGUAUCUUCCAGUUUUUCAGUAAGCGAAGCUACAGGCAGCCCAUCAUUAUCGUCCUCUGCAUCAACCUGGGAAGCCAGCUUUCGGGAUUCAACGCGAUCGUCAAUUAUUCCACCAGAAUGUUCCAGGCUAAAUUCGACGAGGCCAAGUACCUGACUUUGGGAGUAGGAGCUGUCAACAUGAUCUUCACAUUGGUGGCAUUCUUUCUUAUGGAAAGAGCCGGAAGGAGGCGACUUCUCUUGAUCGGGUUCAUCUUCAUUGCUCUGUGCAACCUCCUGAUGACCAUUGUAGAUUCUGUGGUGCACCUGGUUCCUGAGCUGGGGAGCCUGCAGGUCCUGCUGGUAUUCUGCCUGAUUUCAGCAUACGAGGUUGGGCCUGGCCCCAUCUCUUGGUUCAUCGCGGGCGAGCUUUUUGACCAGCCCUGCAGGUCCAUCGCCAUGGCCUUCGCCAGCAUGCUCAACUGGGGAGGGAAGUUUCUUCUAGCGCUAAUCUUUCCUCCCUUACUGAAAGUCAUCGGCGGAUACUCUUACCUGCUCUUCAUGGUCAUGGCUCUGAUAGGCUUUGCCUUUACCUGGUUUCGAGUUCCUGAAACCAAAGGUCGCACAUUUGACGAGAUCGCUGAGGAGUUCCGGGGGGCGGAAAACCUCCCGUUGCAUAAUAAGAAUGGUUUCAACACCUUCUCCUAA